AUGGCAGCCCACGAAGUUGUCGAAGAUGUGAUGCUGGAAGCUGCAGAUGCAAUGACCGGUUAUGCUCAAGAAAAUGCACAGUCCGACCUCUUGUCCCGCGUGUUGCUGGCUCACAUUGGGCAGGUCGCCCAGAGAGACAAGGUGGUUUUCAGUUUGCCAAAGUCUUUGCUGGCAGACAAUGUGGUAAGCCCCUUGGCAACCAUCACCGAUCCUUUGCAAAGGGCGCAGAGUGCAGAUUUACGUACACGCGCGCCACUCAUGGACAGAGAAAGCGCAGCUUCCGACAUAGAAGCCGAUGGUUGCAACCUGCUGCAGCCCCAGACGCUGUCACAAGCGUUAUGCCCCGCGCCAGCACCAGGGUUGACGACAGCAUUGAAGGUGUUCGGCGACCUGGCUAGUUCCUCUAGUAACAUGGACUGCGCGGGGACGGAUUGUGGCGACGCUGUGUUCUGGAAGCCGGUGGCAGGCAAUCUUCAUCACCACACAUUGGCUGGGCAGCCCAUGCAAUCUUUUGAUUUUUUGGCUCAGACGUUCCGGCCCUGCGCUGGCAGCACAGAUCAUGCGCACGUCGUGCCUUCCGGUGCACCCGUGGCCAUGAGACUGGCCCAUGUUCCCUUCGAAAGACUGUCUCGGGGUCUGCAGGUUUGGAAGAUAAUGCAAGCAGAUGCUGCGCAGCUGGGUUUUGUCCACAACUUUGAUUUGCGACCAGCCACGCGCUUCAGCAUCUUUGUACUGUCGCCGGAAGCAGUUUCGCUUCUGGAGCAGCUCCUGCACAGGGGCGCCCUGUUUUCAAGCAACCCCUCCAAGGCGGCUGCCGGACCAGGAGCUGUGUUUAUCAUGUCGGAGGAUCAGCAAUGCGCUUUUGACGAGCUCCAAUCGAAAGGGCUUGCAACAACUGUCGCAGGGGACCAGAUUGCUGCGACGCCUGCCGCAGCAAAAAACUUGGAGCUCACUGAGCCGCUCCACUCUCCCUCGACCAUCUGUUCUUACAGGUCCGAGCCUGCGCCUGCUCAGGACAGCAUGUCGCUGAUGGACUUGAUGAACGCCCUGACUGAUGCCGGGUGGCGCAGGGUCUGCUUGAGCAGCUUGAAGAAGAGAGACCGACCAGCGCCAUUCACAGAGGGACGAGGUGCAGAGCGGGUGUUCUAUCAUCUUGCGAACGCAUCUUCCAUCGGAAGGUGCUACUUGACAGCCCUGCUGCAAUCAGACUCGAUCUUCGCUAAAGGAGCUAAGGAACUCCACCAUUUCCAGCCUGAAGCUUACUACAGGGCUCUGCUGGAAUGCUCGAUCGAGCAGAUCAGCCAGGUAUGCCCUGGUCGAACGGCGGAGGUCUACAGAACUUUUCACAACAAGCAUCGGAAGCGGAAUCUGCUUCCUGUCGACCUCUGCGGCAGCGACAUGGACGAUGAAGGACGGUCACACUGCAUGGCCCUGUUGCUCGCAGAUUCUUUUGUGCUUCUUCUUGCCAGGAUCCGGCAACUUGCUGGCAGUGAGUGGCCGCGGACGAGGGCGUGGCCGAGGGCCUGGGCGUGGGCGUGGCCGCAAGAUGCUGACGAACGCCCUAUCGGCCAAGAAGAAACCGAGACUAUUGGCAGGACUGUUCUUGAGUAUUCAGUUUUCAGUCAUGUUGACCUGCCAGUCUACCAGUCGCCUUUUGCAAGGGGUAGAAAUUGUGACAGCAACGCAGCCGUUGUGUCAAGCUGUUGA